GGCACGGAACAUAAGAUACAGAUGGGGCGUUCCCUUUGCCCUAAUUGUUAACAUUAAAGGCACUACUCACUCACUCUCUACAUACCAAGAUGUUGCUCCCUUCACUAAAGCUUUUGACCUGAAGGAAUCUAAUAUAAUGGACUGGUACGCUCCAGACCCCUUGGCUUCCUCAGCUGCUCAACCGUACAGACCAAGAUGGCGCACACCAUCGAAGAAGCAGAAGAUUGGACAGACCAACCCCUCUCCAAGAGAAGAGAGACGAAGAGAAACUGCGGGGAGGACUAAAAUGCAAACAUGA